UACCCGACCAUUCAAUGACCAUCGUUCGCCUUCUUGGCCUUAUCCUCUCUCCCUCUCUCACUUUCCUGUACUCUCUCCCAUGGAGUCUCUUUCCAUGGUCCUCUCCUGUUCUUCUCCACCACUCCAAACCCACCUCAAAACCCAGAAACCACUCACUUCACUACCAAUCUCUCUUCCCAAAACCUCCAUUCUUACCUCCCAAUCAUUCAACUCCCACCACCCUCAUUUUCCCUCCAUUAAAAACCUCUUUCACAACAAACCCAAAACCCAUCUCUCCUUUCUCCUCACUGAGCUCAUCGCAACCACCGCCAUUACUCUCCCUUCUUUUGCUUCUGAAGCCGCAGUUUCCGAUCAAGUUUCAGACAAAAUCAACUUGGAGUCGAUCCUGGUCUCAAUUGAUGAUUUUUUCAACAAGUACCCAUAUUUCGUUGCCGGUUGUACGUUCAUUUGGUUGGUUGGUGUACCUGUAGUUCAAGAGUACUUGAGAAAAUAUAAGUUCAUCUCUGUUCUUAAUGCAUUCCGGAAACUCAAAGAGGACCCCACUGUUCAGCUAUUGGAUAUUAGGGACGACAAGAGUUUGAAGUAUUUGAAGUCUCCCAACUUGAAGAUUGUGAAUAAGGAUACUGUGCAGGUUCAGUUUUCCGACGAUGAUGGAGAUGGGUUUGUAAAGAAGGUUUUGGAGAAGUUCGGAGACCCAGCAAACACUGUCGUCUGUGUUUUGGGAAAUUUUGAUGAUAUUUCCAUCAAAGUGGCCGAGUUACUAGUGAAGAAUGGUUUCAAAGAGACUUAUGCAAUCAAGGGAGGGGUUGGAGGCACGAAAGGGUGGUUGGAAUCACAGGAAACUCUUUUGCCACCUUCUAUGCAUAUGUACCCCAAGAAGAAGGUUAAAACUGCAAAAGAAACUGGGAUGAAUGGUGGAGUUGUUCAGCGAAAUGAAGAUGGCAAUAAUGCUGCAUCUUCUUCCGGAAAUGUUCCCGUAGCAGAAAAGCAAAGGAUCGACAACGGACACAUAAGCAAGUCCACGAAGGCUGUGUCACCAGUGAAAGAUGGCUCGAGAUCCUCUUCUCCCUACCCAAGUUACCCAGAUUUGAAACCACCAUCUUCCCCAACUCCAUCGAAGCCCCGAAGUUGAUGCUGUGAGUGGAAUUGCUGAGAAGUGGGUGAAGUACAUUCUUUACAAUUUUGUACAAUAACCAGCUCUAUGUGUAUUAGAUUAAGCAGAGGGUAUUGAGAAAUGAGUGCUCUUGUAUCUCUUUAGUGACAGCAAAGUGUUCAUCUGUUGUACAAUUCUCGUGACUAAUGUAACCUGGUUGUUCAA